UCGCUCAGAUUCACCCUUGGGUUACUCCAUGCGGGUAACUACGUCAGAAGUGGUCGAAAGGGCCGCGGACCAUUUUUGUUACAAAUUAAAACGGGAAGAGGUUCUUCAAGAAAGUGUGACGUUCAGAUAGAUCGGGUGCGAGUUCUACAAACUUUUGGCGUAAAAUUGCACGUACAGAAAUGGAAGGCGAGACAAAACAUAAUAUCGAUAAACUUGUCGAUGAUUUGAAACAUGCUGUGAAGCUUGAAGCCUCGACUGAGACUGAGACUGAGAAUAAAUGUCCUGAUAUUGUUCAGAUAUUGGAUUCUGUAGUGAACGUUAGCAAAACUUCAAUCGGAGAAACUACUGAAUUACUCAUUGAUGAAGUUUUCUUGAUGCUAUUGGAACACAAGUCUAAACAAAUUGUAGCGAAAACAGCAAAAGCUAUCGCUGAGAUAGCAAAAACCGAAAGAGGGAGAGAGAAGUGCACAAGUGUAGAGUUAAUACGAGCCUUGAUUGGUUUGCUGAAGGAAAAGGAUAUAGAUGUAUUAACGCAGACCUCUAGAGCUCUAGGAAAUAUCUGCUAUGAAAAUGAAAAUGGCAAAAGACUGGUAAAGGAAGAGGAUGGUUUGAAAGUAAUCCUAACGGUUCUUAAGAAUGGCAUCGCGUUAAAGAAUUCCGAGGGCGCUAGCUUCUUACGGAAUGUAGCCGCUGGAUUUUUGUUAAAUUUUUUGGUAGACCAGGAAUCAUUGCACAAGAAGGCACUCGAAGAGGAUACGGUACCGAUUAUCUGUAGUGUUUUGGAAGAGGAUGGGACCAAUGGCGGUGAGGCAGCUAUGCACGCAUUACUUACCCUCGGCAUACUGAAUGACGCAAACAUUGUAUUCCUCGAUGAGAGAUUAACAAAAAUUCUGGUCAACAUACUAACCAGUGAUACUUCCUCUGAGCUAUCCGAGAUGUGUUUGGAGCUGUUACAUGGUCAAGCGGAGGAUGAAAAAGCAAAGCUGCUGCUGGCCAAAGCGGGAGUAUGCGAAUUGUUAUUGAAACUGUUAGAAAAGCACGGGCCACAGUGCAACGAUGAAGAAACUCGAUCCAUUUUGAAAGUUGCCUGCAAUCUGAUCGUUCUUAUCUUAACAGGAGAUGAUAGCAUGAACUUCCUCUACGACAAUAGCAAGGGUCCUGUCUAUAGAAAGCUGGUGGAAUGGCUGGAGAGUGACGACGAGGAUUUGCAGAUCACUGCAGUUUUGGCUAUGGGUAACUUCGCGCGCACCGAUACGCACUGCAAAUACAUGGUCGAACAAGGCAUACAUCGGGAGCUGCUGAAGCUACUCCAGAAGAACGACAGCAAGUCUGGCGAUAUCAGAUGUCAGCACGCCCUGCUUAGCGCCCUGCGCAAUCUCGUCAUACCUGCGGACAACAAGUCGCUGAUACUGGCCGACGGUCUGAUCGACGUGCUCUAUCCUAUGCUAGAUAUCCCGACUUUUCCUGUCGUCUUCAAAUUGCUGGGAACGCUCAGAAUAGUCAUAGACGGCCAAAGAGAAGCGGCGGUGUCCUUAGGACGAAGGGAAGACUUGAUCGAGCGAGCGGUUGAGUGGUGCAGUAUCGAGAAUCAUCCUGGCGUUCAGGGUGAAGCGAAUCGGUUGAUCGCUUGGCUGAUAAAUAACAGCAGGGACAGGCAAAUCGCUCUGUCGAUCAUCAAGUACGGUGCGGUGCAGCAUCUAGUGAAUAUGCUCCUAGCGCAGCACUCGUUGAUGCAAAACGAAGCGAUCCUGGGCCUGACGAUAUUAACGAGGAUCUGUCCGGCGGAAUCGGAGGAGCUGCUGAUCGCAGCGGAUUUCGGCCGUAACAUGCGCGAGUUCUUCGAAACGCGCACUGAUAAUCUCGACAUACACAUCAUACUAAAUGCACUGUCGUUACUGAACAGUGUCGUACAGUCAGAUCAACUGAAGGAGCAUCUAAAGAGCUGCGAGCUCGCCAGCACGUGCAAGAAUCUGUGCUCGAAGGAGAACGAAAACAACAGUACGGAACUGCGGACACGCGUCAGCGCGCUUUGCGCAGCCUUAGGAACGAGUUUCGAUUAGAAGCUGUCGGACCAAUUAUGACUUGUUGUGUGUCAUGAUUCCUCACAAGGAGCAUUAAGUUCGCGCUGCCAUUCCCACUGGAUGUAUCUAUCUUCCAUCAUUCCAAAGAGCCGUGCGAAUCUCUCAAAUGACCAAAAACAUCGCCAACUUGAUCCAUACAGAUUGCAAAGUGUAUUUUAUUUAUCGAGAGAAAUACAUAUUCUAUUGAUGUA